AUGAGCUUAGAGGAUAUCCGGAAGAGGCUCAAGGAAGCGAUAUACAACUACAACACAUCAAGGGCAUUCAUCCCGUACGAAAGGGUCCAAGAGGUAUGGGCCGGGGGUCGGCUGGAUCGGUUUCUGAUGGACCAUGACCGAAAUCUGUCUCCAUCACAAAUAGAUGCCGCCCGACACGGCUUGUUGCGUAUUUUAUCCAUCCUUAUCGGUGUCGUUCACCAAGAUUGGUCAGGAUGGUCGAGGUUCGGACAGAUUUUCUUCCCAUCAGAUAAUGUUGACGCCGCUCGUCGCCGCGACAAAAAUGUUACCACCUUCACCAAGAAGGAGCUCAAGGACAGUUCCUUUCUUGGGGAUACCAACCUGGCCAGCCAAUUUGUGGUUCAUAUGUGGACUUACUUUCCACCAGUUCUCGAUGGGAAUAAGCAAGAGACUUAUGAAAAGCACCUCCGGUUGCCGCUGUGCCGGGAGAAGGACCCUGUGGUUCGAGAGGGGCGCUCCGGAAAAGUGACCAAGGAGACCAUACCUCCGAACCAUAUCAUACUAGGUGAUGUGAGUGAUCAUAGGGGAAUACCAGGGGCGCGCUAUCCAGAAGAACUCAUAGUUGCCCGAAAACGUUUCCCCAGGAAAGGAUUUACCGUUGAAUUGAAACAGUUGAAACUUCUCCAAUCAAGCCUGUCCAGCCAUAAGCGAAUUGUCUCUCACCUUGCGAUGUUUUUCAUUGAAAAGGACUUGAACAUCAUCAUGCCAUGGGCCGAAAUGGACUUGGAAGGUUUCUUGACCGGACGUUACCAAGAGAUGCCACCUCCCAAAGAUCUCUUGGUCGAUUUAAUCCACGAGUCCAGAGAGGUUGCAUCUGCCAUUCAAUUCCUACACGAAAACCUCCAAGUAGAAAAUCCAGGCGGGGACUCUCGCCACCAAGCAAUCUGCCACGCAGAUCUCAAGCCUCAGAAUAUUUUGGUAUUCAAGCACGAGGGCUCUUCGACUGGAAUUUGGCGGAUUUCCGAUUUCGGUGGCUCGCAAGUAGCAAGACGUGCUCCAUCAGGAACUGGGAGGCGUGACUCAGGAUACUCCACUAGCGGUGACCAUCCCCCAAGAGGGGGUCCCUACCGGGCACCGGAUACUAGUUCCCGACGAAGGAGCGACGUCUGGUCAUUCGGUUUGACCAAAGGCGAAAGGAAACCGUCGACGGAGGUGCCCUCGACGAUUCUUUCUAUCGAGGAAACCCCCCCUGCUCUUAAUUCUAAUGUCAAAACUUGGAUUGAGGAGUUACCAACCCGAUAUCCCUCUUCCCUCACCCCCUCUUCCGUCACCCCUGAUUGCCUCGAGAAAAUGCAGAUUCUUCUCGGCUCAAUGCUUCAGGUGGAUUUCCAACAGCGCGCAUCGGCACGUAAAGUUGAAGAUGGUUUACAAGCACUUUAUCACUCUCUCACCCAUUCAGACUCCGAUACAUCGCCAUCUACUCAGAUGAAUCUGCGACACUCACUAAGCGCAUCUUCAACAAUCUCAGGGCGGUCUCGAAGCAGUACUGGUAUUACUAGUAUCAGUCUAAGCCACUCACGGUCAGUGAAAGACGUGGGUGUUCUUGUUGAUCUCAUGAAACGUGGAAAUCUCAACCACAUCUGUCAAAUUCUGGAAGACGAGAUUGAUGUCGAGCAGCUCUAUGAUGGCGAACGACCUUUGAUCCAUGCUAUCAACAUGCCUAGUGCUGCUAUAAUCAAAGAGCUUUCCAAGUAUCAGCGAAGAGCUCAUGACCGAAACUUGGACGUACGAACCCUCUCGUCCGAAAGCCAAACGCCACUCUAUCUUGCCGUUUGCAAAGGUGACGUCGACACUGUGAAAGCUGUGAUCGACGCUGAUCUCGACCCCUAUACAGAUGUGGGAACCGACUCUGACUCCAAGGCCGAUUCCAAUUCCUUAUUAAACAAACUGUGCGAGGGCAGGACUCCGCUCAUGCAAGCAACCUUCCUUGGUCAUGCUGACGUGGUCUCAUUGCUUUUGGAACGGGGUGCAGACCCCCGAAUCUGCGUGCAAGAAGAGAAACUGAACUGCCUACAUUUUGCGGUGAAACAUGGCAAUCGCGCUCAAGAAGACGUUAUCAUGGCCUUCAAGGACAAGAUGAACUUUGAUCAGCUUCCGCCUGAUACACCACUCGAUAGGAAUGGAAAUCCUUCAAGACUGAGGCGGUAUGACACGCCAAUGAUGCUGCACAUCAAAUUCGCACCGGUGGAUUCACAUACCUAUUUGGCCCCGGACUCUCGGUGGAGGAGGAAGUUCCAGGCACUGUUGGAAGGGGGAGCAGAUGUGAAUAGGACGUACAACCCAGGAAACCCCGAUUUUGAGAAGAACUCUUUGGAAUUUGCAGUGGACGAAGCGAAGCCCCUGCUUGUCCAGGUUCUUAUUGGUGCCGGUGCAAUCCUUCCAGUGGACUACGUUGUACCGCGAAGAAGCUCUCGUGAAAUGAAGAAACUGCUCAAGGAUGUGCCGAGAGUACGUCUUCCCACAAUAUCUUGA